AGUCUGUUUUGGCUGGCCCUGGCUUAUCGGUUUAGAGGUUCACUGGCGCGAAGGUGCUUGACAUUCUUGGAAUUGCUUCAUGAGCGGGAAGCACAAGGUUGCGAUGCCCGCAGACGGCCCGGACGAGAGGUCGCGCGUGCCGAAAUCCAUGAUUUUCAAGCGCGGAAAGGUCGGUUUUAACUUGAGCAAUCUAGUCGCCGACCUUCGUCUGAUUAUGUCUCCCAAUACGGCCAUGAGGCUCAAGGAGAGGAAGAAGAACACGUUGAGAGAUUACAUAGAGGUGGCCAAGAUUUACGACGUGACCCACUUGAUGAUCGUCAGCGCCACUGAGUUGAGUACUUAUUUUCGAAUCGUGAGAUUGCCGCAAGGACCUACAUUUUCUUUUGAAAUUACGAGCUACUCUUUGGUUCGGGACGUCCAUCUUGCCCAGUCUAGGCCCCAUACGAUCAAGAGCGAGCACAUGAGGCCUCCCGUUUUGAUCCUGAGCGGUUUUUCGGGAUGCGACAAACACGUGGAGCUGGUGAGGUGCGCGUUCCAGGAGAUGUUUCCGCCUCUGAACGUGAAGCGCGUGCGUCUCAACUUGGUGAAGCGCGUGAUGCUCGUGCACUACGACAAGGAUUCCCAGUGUUUUGAGCUGCGGCACUACUUGAUUGGCCUGGAAAAGCUGGGUUUGACGAAGGGCAUCAAGCAACUGAUCAAAAAAAAAGUGACUGAUUUGGGCCAAUUUAAAGACGUUUCCGAAUUCGUGCUGAACCAGGCGACGACCACCGAGAGCGACGCCGAGGAUCUGGCCAACUCGGACCGCGUCAUCGAGGUACAGAGCUCGUCCGACACAGCGGGAAAAAGCGCGAUUCGCCUGUCGGAAUACGGUCCCAGAAUGCGCCUCAAACUGAUCAAAAUCCAAGAAGAAAUCAACGACGGACUCGUUUUGUACCACUCUUACGUGAGCAAGACGCCCGAAGAAAUCGAGCAGUUGAGCCAGCUGAAGAAGAAGAAGGAGAGCGUGAAAAUGCAGCGCAAAAGGGAGCAAGAGCUCAGAGUUCAAAAGAGGCUGGAAGCGUCUUCCAAGAAAAAAAAUGACGACGAUUCACCGCCUGCUGUCGAUGACGUAGAAUGGUAUAGAAGAGAAGUCGGGGAGGAGCCGACGCCCGAAGAGAAGGCAGAAUUGAUGGCAAGUCAGCAGCAGACAGCGCAGGGGAAGAAAAGCUUCAACCCGAAGUGGAUUCGAAAGCGCAUGCGUCCUUCUCAACAAGACCCCCCCCCAGCCAAAAGGGCCACCUGAGAUUUCUCGCGAAAGAGUUUGCAAAAUUUAUUUUUCUUGGCACUUUUGCGCUCGCGCUCGACAAGGGUCGCGAAAUGCCAGGCCGUGUCGCGCCGUGCUACGGCCGCGGUGUGUAAAUUGUGCGCGAGAUUUUUUUCCAGAGGGCUUCGGCGCCAGCUCAGACGACCCGACGCGACGGGCGCGCUCUAACGUUCGUAGCCAGAAAUGGUGCGCGCGAAGGAGAGGGAGUGACCGUUUAACAUAAUUUACACAUUGUAAAAAUAAUUUGUACACAAAUAUAUUUUUGUGUUUGCGUGUU